AUGGAUCGUUUACCUAAAGUGUGGUAUGAACAGGCCAGCAGCAUCGAAGAUUCGUUAUUAGUUUCCGCGUCAAAAGAUACUCCGUCGAGCAACCCCCUUAAACCUCCGCAAUCCCCGGCUAAAACCCCGUCCAAAAAAUCCCUCGCCAAGAAGGCUCGCCGAAAAUCCGGAGAGGCGGAAAGCGCAGGAAAUGGCGCAGAUGCAUCCGCGGAAAUUCCCCUGGUAGCUGGCGGGGAAACUGGCGCUGCCACUGGCGCGGAGGGGGGCUCGGGGGAAGGCGCAGGGGCGGGCGGAGGGGGGCAGGCGGAAGACCCGCGCGGGGGGCUGUCAGAGGCGGAGUGGAUGGCGCUGGCAGAGAAGCUACGGGGGGAAGGGGACGCGCUUCUGAAGGAGGCGGCGGAAGCGUAUGAGCGGCGCAAGGAGAGCAGCAGCGAUGCCAGGUGGCUCGCUGCCGUCCGUCGAUCUGGAACGGCCGCGGAUCGUGUGGCUGCGCUGACUGUGGUUAUACAGGACGACCCUGUAGCGAAUCUCUCCAACCUGGACGCGUUACUGGCCAUGGUGUUGAACAAGGCCACCAAGCGCCACGCCGUAGGCGCCAUGGACGCGCUCAGCGAGCUUUUCACCUCCUCGCUGCUCCCUGACUCGCGCAAGCUGCGCUGGCUGCACCAGCAGCCGCUGCUUCUCCUGUCCCCGCUAAAGGCAUCCCCGCUACAAGCCGCUUCGCUACAAGCUGCCUCGCAGCAGUCAAAGGGCGAGGGAAAAGCAGGAGGGAAGGUGACUGUAGCGGGGGGAGAUGCGGGCAGGAGGCUGCUGCGGCUGUGGCGAUACGAGGAGUGCUUGAAGGAGCGGUUCGAGCGGUUUUUGGAGGGGUUGGAGGAGGGCGGAAAGGACGUGGUCGAGUUUGUGCGCGACAAGGUGCUUCGCAUUCUGCAUGCCCUGCUGUCGUCCAAAGCGGAGGGGGAGAGACGGGUGCUGCAGGCGCUGGUGAACAAGCUGGGAGACCCGAGUCGAAAAGUGGCCUCCAAGGCCAGCUACCUGCUGGGCUGUCUGCUAGACGCCCACCCCAACAUGGCCCCCGUGGUGGUGAAACACGUGGAAGCAUUUGUCUUCCGCCCCAACAUCAGCACGCGCGCGCGGCACUACGCGGCCGUCUUUCUGAACCACAUCACCCUGUCGCACAAGGGGCUGGGCCCCAUGCUCGCCAGACAGCUCAUUGACCUCUACUUCGCUCUGUUCAAAGUGGUGACGAUGGGUGCGGGAGGGGAUGGGGACGGGGACGGGAAGGGGCGGUGGGAGGGGAGAGGAGGAGAAGGGAGGGGUGGAGGGAGAGGGAGAGGGAGGGGUGGAAAAAGAGGGGGACGGGGAGGAGAGCGGGGGGGAAGAGGAGGGAGAGGAGGGAGGGGAGGGAGAGGAGGAGGGGGGAGAGGAGGGGGAAGGAAAGGGAAGGACCGGUUUGUGUCGGCAGCAGCGGCGCCGGGAGUGGGAGGGGUGGAGGGGCAUGAGUUGGAAGCAGAUAGUGCAUUGCUGUCGGCUCUUUUGACAGGUGUGAAUUGUGCAUUUCCAUACGUCGCUGAGUUACCAGAGGUGAUAGAGUUGCUCUCAUCUCCUUCCUUAUCCCUUCCCCUCCCAAUGGCAGGUGUGAACCGUGCAUUCCGCUACGUGGCAGAGGAUGAUGUUACAGAGGUCAUUGAAACGCACACACCCCUCCUCUUCCGCAUGGUGCAUGCGGCCAGCUUCAAUCUGGGCGUGCAGGCGCUGCUGCUGCUGUUCCAGCUCAUGGGCAAGAGCGCUGCUCUCAGCUCCCGCUAUUACCGCGCACUCUACUCUGUGCUCUUCUCACCUGCUCUCGCCAAGUCUUCUAAGGGUCCCAUGUUUAUGGCGUUGGUGUUCAAGUCAAUGAAAGCAGACGUCAACCUCCCGCGCAUUGCAGCGUUUGCCAAGCGGCUGCUGCAGGUGGCGCUGCAGCAGCAGGCCACAUUCGCAUGCGGGGCCCUACUCCUUAUUUCCCAAGUGCUCAAAAUCCGACCCAUGUUGUGGAGUGCUAUCUUAGAACCAGAAGCAAAUACAGACGACGUGGAGCAUUUUGUGGACGUGGAUAAGGAAGCAGCUAGUAACGAGGAUGGGGUUGAGGGGAAGAAGGUGCAAGGGAAAGGAAGAGGCGAGGAGGGAGAUGAGGAAGAGGACGAAGAUGGGAGAAAGAGGAGGGAGGGAACAUACGAUCCAAAGCAAAGGGAGCCGUCCCUGUGGACCUCUCCCUCUCUUCGCCUUCCUCUUACUCCCAUUUUCCCCCCACCUUUUCCCCCGCACCCGCCCUUCCCUUCCCCCACCUUACGCCCCUGCUCCUGCCCCAUCAACCCCUCCCUCCUCCCCACUCCCUCCAGCCAUGCGGAUCGCGCGUGCUGGUGGGAGCUGGCAGCAUUGGCAGCGCACAUGCACCCCACAGUUUCUCGCCUCGCCGCCUCCCUGCUCUCAGGCGAACCCGCCUCCUUCACAGGCGACCCCAUCCAGGACCUCUCCCUCUCCGCCUUCCUCGACCGGUUUGCUGAGAAGCAGCAGAUGAGAAUGAAAGCUGCGGGUAGGGAGAAUGCUGCUUCUGCUGCUGCGGUGGCGGCGGCAGGGGGGAGGAGAAGCGUGGGGUUUGUGAAGGAUGGGGGGAAGGGGCAGGAGGCGGGGGUGAAGAGCAAGCGGCACAUGAAGCUCAUGCUGCGGUGGCUCAUGGAGAAGAAUCAGAUCCGCAUCAAGUGCCUCACACAUGACCCCUCAGCGCCACACCAAGCAGGUUCGGCAGGGUCAGCAGGUUCGGCAGGUGGUGCAGCGGCUGCCGCUGCUGCUCCGAGGGGAGCUGGAUCGGGUGCCUUUGCUGCAGCGGCAGCGGGUAGAGUGCAACCGGCUGGCUUUGCUGCCUCACACAUUGCAUGGGCGCCGCAGAUCAAGCCGCUUUCCGGCACCGACAUCCCCAACAGCAAACGUAUGUCCAAGCAGCCUAAAGCGGAAUCCGCUGCUGCGCCAGCCACCGGCUCCGACGACAAUUCCGCCGCUCCUCCCGCCAUGCGCAUGGACAACCGGUCUGGAUGCACGGAAAAUGGUGCCUGCGCGGUUGCGGUGACAAUAGAAGGGGUGGACGAGCGGGGAGACGUGCAAGCUGUCGAGGCUUUGCGGCUGGAGGAGGACUUGAUUCUCACGGGAAGGGAGGUUUGCGUUUUCGACAACCGAGGGAUUGGCAACAGCACGUGUCCCACCGACAAGAAUGCGUACACAACUGCGAUCAUGGCGAUGGAUGCACUGCAUCUGGUGGAUCACCUCGGCUGGACGCAUUUCCACCUUGUUGGCCAUUCCAUGGGCGGUAUGAUCGCCAGCAAAGUGGCUGCCACCGCUCCCCACCGAGUGAAAUCCCUGGCGCUUAUCAGCGUCAGCGGUGGCGGCUUCGACCUCUUACCCAGGCUUGACAGCCGGCUCUUCUCGGUGGGAGUGAGGAUGAUGAAGGCGCGUACGCCCGAGAUGAGGGCGCACGUGGACCUGGACACGCACUUCUCGCGGGAGUUCAUGGACGAGGUGGCUGGCAGCUCGUCGCGGAGGGACCUCCUGCACGUGGAGUACGUGCAGGUUCUGUCGGAGCCAGGGGCAAUGCAGCCACCGCACGCUGCGAGCGGGCAUUUCAACGCGUGCUGGACCCACAAGCUGACCCGGGACAAUAUUGACAGCAUCUGCAGCGCUCGCAUCCCUACUGCCGUGAUCCAUGGAGUGGAUGACAUCAUAGCACACGUCUCCCUGGGUGAGCGCGUCGCCAAGCGCCUGGCAUUCGUGGCCCGGUUCAUCCCACUCCUAGGGGCGCACAUGGUGGUGCGAGAGCGCACGCACGAGGUGAACGCGUGUCUGGAGGAGCUCUUUGAUGCCGGGGAGGCUCGCGUGCCUGUGGAGCAGUGGGUGCGGAGUCGUAGUGAUUUGGACCUGCCUGGCUCGGCACGCGAGCAGCAUGAGAAGGCCAAGAAGAAGACUCUUGCGGCGCAAUUCAGGCACGCAUGCCCGCAACGAUACCCUUCCUCACCCCCCGUCUCCCCUUCCACCUAUUUCCCCUUUCACCCGUCCCCCUCGCCACACCUACAGGGCUCUGCUGUGGACCCUGUUUCUCCCCCUGUACCUCGUGAUCUGCCAGCUGCUAUCGUGGCCAGUACCCGACGAAAAGAGCCCAGCUUACAGAUCUCAGAGUGA